UGAGCGGGAUGCUCUGAUUGGCUGCGGGCCGGAGAGGCGGAGCUCCGGCGAUUCGUUUGUUUUUGUGGGAAACAGGAGCGUAGAGGAGAUGCGGAGACCAGCGGCGCGAGACACUUGGCCAAGAUUAACAUUCAGUUAGUCCCGCACUAUGGCUCCUGUGAGUAAGCGUGCGCCGCGCCGUGAGGAGUUCACGCUGGAGCUUGCGUGUGAGUGGGGCACGUGUCAGGAGACGUUUGACGGGAUGGAGGAGUACUGUCAGCAUGUGGAACAACAUUACACAGCUAUAGAGAGCGAAUGCCCUGAUGCAACAGAAGAGCUUCUCACCUGUCUUUGGCGGGACUGUGGUUUCUGCUCUGUGGAGCUGGUUGGAGAGUUGCUGAGGCACAUGUUUUUCCACUGCUACCACACCAAGCUGAAGCAGUGGGGCUUAGCCGUUCUCAAAGGCCAUCCAGAAAUGGGAAACUGUUCGGUUGGCCUCCAAAACCGCAACAUUAUCCCUGAGACCCAGGAGAGCUUCCUCUGCCUGUGGGAACACUGUGAGACUAACAUGGACAACCCAGAGUGGUUCUACAGGCAUGUAGAGAUGCAUGCACAUUGUUUGGAGGCCAACGAGGAGAGCAUAUUGUUCUGUGGCUGGAAAGAUUGCGAGGCCUCGUUUAAGGGCCGGUUUAAGUUACGGGAACACAUGCGCAGUCACACUCAGGAGAAGCUGGUGGCGUGUCCAACCUGUGGCGGAAUGUUUGCCAACAACACAAAAUUCUUCGACCAUAUCCGACGCCAGACCUCCAUUGAGGGUCAGAGAUUUCAGUGCUCUCACUGCUCGAAGCGCUUCGCCACUGAGAGGCUGCUGAGGGACCAUAUGAGAAAUCACGUGAAUCAUUAUAAAUGUCCACUGUGUGAUAUGACCUGCCCUUCACCGUCCUCACUGAGGAACCACAUCAAGUUCCGCCACAGCAACGAGAAACCCUACAGAUGUGACUACUGCGAGUACAGCUGUAAGAAUCUGAUAGAUCUGCGGAAACAUCUGGACACACACAGCACUGAGCCGGCCUAUCGCUGUGACUUUGCGGACUGUGACUACACCACCCGCUCCCUGCACUCCAUCAAAUAUCACUAUAAACGUGUUCAUGAGGGCGAUUACGCUCCUCGCUACAAGUGCCAUGUGUGUGAGCAGUGUUUCACCAGAGGGAAUAACCUCACUGCCCAUCUACGCAAAAAGCACCAGUUUAAAUGGCCUUCGGGACACCCCAGGUUCAGGUAUAAAGAGCAUGAGGACGGCUUCAUGCGGCUGCAGCUGAUCCGCUACGAGAGCGUGGAGCUGACCGAGCAGCUGAUGCAAGAGCGUCAGGGGGACGGCGACAGCAGCGAGGCUGCUCCCCAAACUCAGUGCCUCCAGCCUGGGGAAGAUUCAGAGGAAGCUCCAGAUGCUGAUGGAAGCUCUGAGGUUGAUAUGAGGGAGGAUGGAGAGGGAGAUUACGACAUGCAGGACACACAUGAAGAAAAUACAGAGCUCAUUCUUACGAAUGUAACGUCUUUAGAAACAGAGGCGACGAGAGAGGACUCGGUCAUGCGGCGGCUUCAGGACACUGCCCAGCAGCUGGGCAUGGAGGUGGUCUAACAUCUCACCCUGUACUGGUUCUGCCCCACAUUCAGCUUGAAAGCCAGUAUGUUUGUACAAAAAGGGACAUGAGAAGUUGCCCUAGGAAUAUAUUGAAACAAGGGGACCUACUCAAGACCAGAAGUAAACUGUAUGGUGUAUGUGGUUGUGAUGCCUCUUAUGCACUAAGGGUGCUUGUCCACUGCAUGGUACCUGUUCUACUUGACUCUGCUCGCUUUUUGGUUUAUGGUUCCUGGUUGAUUUUCCAUUACCACAGCUACAAAAUAGAGUUUGCACAGAGUUGCAUAUAGUGACUAUUCUCUCCAGCCAAUCAGAUAUCUGCUAGAUUUUCACAUCAUGUUUUAGUCCCCUUUUUGCUUGUUCAGAACUACAAGUGAGCAGGUACUAAUAUAUACCCAUAUUCACCAAUGUAUUACCGAGUUUGCCUAAUGGCUAUUUCUAACAGGGUCAGAUUUUUUACGGAAGAAAAACAAACAUGGCAAGAUUUGAAAACAAAUCCACCUAAAUUAAUGUUGUCUUUCACACUGAUUCAGAUUAUGAUUGAUCGUGAAACUCCAUUCUUUUUUUAAUCAGCGUCUUUUCAAUUCUCUGUGUCCUAGGUUUUCUAGGUGCAUAUAAGUCUUUUAAUGGCCAUAAAGGACUGCAAACUGUAGCUUUUCUUGCUAAUGAGCACUCGUGUGGAAGAGGGAAAUCAAAGAGAGCAGAAAAAUGAAAGCAAAAAGUAGACAGUGGGCAGAAAAAAGGAAGAGUAGACAUUUUUUGAGAGGAAUUCUAUGCAAUUUUAGGUUGUGUUUACAGAGCAUGGAGGGUAAAAAAAAACAUACAGCUGAGUUGAGUGGUGUAGGUACCAUGCAGUGGAGAAGUGCCAUCAUAGGACACAGUGAAGACGAAGUGAAUUUACUGAACAGACUUGAUUUUCAGACCUGAGGUAGAAUAUAAUGUACAUAUCUGGAAGUUGUUCAGCACUUUGUACAGUUUUCUACAGUUAGUGUUGUCUGCUGAGGGUUAUUAAUUGGAAGUUGCUACUGAUGAAUAUAAAACCCUUGCUUUGAAUUAUUUAUUUUUUUUGAAGCAAUUUACUUUAAUGAGUUGAGUGUUUGCUUUAGAAGAACCUUUCUUGUUAUCAUAAACCUAGUACCUUUUUAUAGGCGAAGAACAAAUAGCAAAUCAUAACAUACAAAUAUAAUUUUUUGGGAGGAAAGGUCAUGCUAAAACCAUUCAUGGAUUUGGAAGUUUUUUAUUUUUAUUUUAUUUAUUUUUUUAGGAUGACUGCAAUAAUUGGCACUCCAUCACCAUACAUUAUUUAUUUGAGCUUAACGGACUGGCUUAGAGAAAAAAACGCAUGUGCACAAUUUUUCACUCACGGAUGAGAUACUUAGUGAUGGUUAUAUGGUAGACGUCCACAUUUUGCUUCUGUAAUUUUAAACUAAAACAACGAGGCUGACAUUGCUUUAACAGGCAUAAUGACUGGUGACUAAAUGUUCAUGAUAAUCUGCUACAGAUUCAUAGUCAUAGUCCUAAUCUAUGGACAGUAUUUCUCUACAGGAAAUAGACAAGCAGUGUGUGUGAGCAGAGGGUAAAACUUAAAGUAGCUGAAUGCUUAUUCUGUAUAUUACCUUUUAAUCAUUCAUAAUUAUUGGUUAACCUUGAUUUUCUUAACUGCAGACAUCAGAACAUCAACUCCAAACCCACAAUGGCACUAUGAAGGGGAUAGUUUAAUUGUUCAUUUUUGUGCCAGUAUGACUUACAAAAGGGGUAUCCAGUCCUAUCUGCAAAAAGCUGUUUUCAGCAUUUAGCUACACAAUCAAAAUUUUGUUAUGUUCCUGUUGUACUGUUUAAACCAUGUUGAGCAAUCUGUUUUACCAUUUUAAAGCCCUGGUUCUAGUUGGUUUAUGCAGUUUUAUGCAGAAGUGUAUGCACACAUUUUUUGGGGGCUAUUAAAUUCUAGUAUCUAAUGUUAGCCUCCCAGUUUAAAACUAAAGAAGCCAGAUGUGAGCACUAAACCUGUGUUUAUUGAUUAAUUACAUCUGGAUUUAGUGCAAAAUUAUGUACCGAUAAAUAUGAUUUUUCGAUGAACUACUCCUGUAAGAUUUGGCUGUGUUUUGAGUUUACAAUGUUAAUUUGGCUUGAUCAGUUUCUUAAUGUAUUUUUCUACUGCAAAGUGUAUUGCAUAGUCUCCUGGCUGCUGACUGUUUUAGUACAGAAAUAUUUGGUUUAUUAUUAAACAUGUUCACUUUGA